AUGACUUCCCGGCAUACUGUGUCCGGUCUCCUUGAGCAGCUGGCUCGGAUCCUGGGCCGCAGUCAAGCACAACAGGAAUCCAGAUGGAUGCGAGAUCUGGCAAAAACGGAAGAUAGACUCCAACUCAUGCUCAAACGUAGAAUAAGCGGAGAACCUGUACAGUACAUACUAGGAACGCAGCCUUUCGGUCCGUUAGAGCUACACGUACGUCCGCCGGUCCUCAUCCCGCGUCCUGAAACGGAGGACUGGACACUCCGUCUCGCGCAGCGAGUCUCACCAACACGUCAGGCACCACUCAAGUUGCUGGAUCUGUGUACAGGCACAGGCUGCAUUCCAUUACUUCUGUGUCACCUCUGGCCAGCUGGAAGCGUCCGUACUCUCGCUGUUGACGUUGCUUCUGAAGCUGUCGCCCUGGCGAAAGAGAAUGCAGACCAAGUUGGGGUCCGUGUCUCGGAGAAAAAAGCAACCCGUUCAGAAGACAAUACUAUUUCAUUCCUUCAAGCGGAUAUUCUACAAGACAAUUUCCCGAAAAUCUUGAAAGAACUUGGCUGGCGUUCAUUCGACGUGUUAACUUCCAAUCCACCAUACAUACCGCUGGACGAAUACAAAGCACUGCCAUCGUCUGUCAAGGACUACGAAGACCUACGUGCACUACUUGGUGAUCCCAAGCUCGACGUGGCAAACGACGGACGAGGACUCACAUUCUACAGAAAAAUCGCAGAGCUCGUACGUCAUCAACUCGUCAAGCCCGGUGGACUCAUCGCUCUCGAAGUUGGUCACGAUCAAAGCAACGAGGUGGAGCAAAUCAUGUUAUCAGAUGGGCGGGUGCAAAAGACACAUGUCUGGAAAGAUCCAUGGGGCGUUCCGCGUACCGUCGUUUGCUUAAAAUGA